UUCCAAUAUUGCUCACAAUACAUAUGACAACUAGUAUGGACGAUGCUCCUAACCUUGCAAGUCAUGAAGAGGCUGCAAUAUCUAACACUGGAAGGAAGUGUCCUCACUGUGGUAGCACCGAAUUAGAGCACGACGCUGCACAGGGAAAUACUGUUUGCACCCAAUGUGGUUGUAUAGUGGAAGAGAAUACUAUAGUCUCUGAGGUUACGUUUGUGGAGGGUCCUGGAGGUCACAGUUCUGUCGUAGGACAGUUUGUGGACUCUUCAGGUUAUGUGCCGUCUUCUGGUGUUAUAAUACCUGGACUUUCGAAGGAGUCUAGAGAGGCUACGAGAAAUAACGGACGUAAAAUUAUCGCAGAAGUUGUUGGCGCAUUACACUUAAACCCUUCGCAAGAGGAACAAGCGUUUCGAAUGUUCCUUCUCGCAAUUGAACAUAAUUUUUUGCAAGGAAGAAAGGCAUCUAACGUCUGUGCUUCUUGCCUUUACAUUGUUUGCAGACGAGAGAAAACACCUCAUCUUUUAAUUGACUUUAGUGAUUAUUUGCAGACGAAUGUUUAUGACCUUGGAAGAACCUUUUUGAAGUUUGCGCGAAUUUUAAAUCUCAGCCUGCCAAUUAUAGACCCCUCACUUUAUAUCCAUCGUUUUGCUUCUAAACUAGGCUUUGAAGAAAAGACUCAUGCUGUGGCAACAUCAGCACUUCGACUGAUUGCGCGAAUGAAGCGGGAUUGGAUUCAUACAGGACGGAGACCUUCUGGUCUUUGUGGUGCUGCCUUAUUUGUGGCUGCAAAAAUGCAUGGUUUCUAUCGAUCUCAGAGGGAAAUUGUAAAUGUCGUGCGAAUUGGAGACGUAACUUUAAGAAAACGUUUAUUAGAGCUAGAGGAGACUCCCUCAGCUCUACUAACAGCUGAUGAAAUUGAUGCAAUGGGAGGUGAUGAUGGGAACGUCGAAGCACUUAGUGAUAUAAACAAGUUUAAGGAAUCAGACCCUCCAUCUUUUAAAAGGAGGAGGAAUCUUGAAUAUUAUGGAGAGGAGGAUGUGAUUGAAAGAGAAAUGAACGAAGCACUUAAUAGUGAGGAAGUUAAAAUGAUUGAGAGAGGGGAGCAGUCAGCUGAAUCAAUGACACAUCCGAUAUUUGCUGCUGAUUUUUCUUCGGAGACUUUUUCAAGAGUAACGGACGAAAUGACGUCAGGAUAUUUGGAUGAUAGCGUUGCUUUGAACGGCUCAGAAGUUACAAACUCUAAUGGUCAUCAGUCAUCGAAAGAUGAAGAAUCUUUAGAAACGGAUGAAGAUGAUGAUGACUUGGACUUGUUCGACAUUGAUGAAGAGGAAUUGAACUCGUAUUUGAAUAACGAAGAAGAAGAGCAGCAAAAGAGAGAGUUAUGGACACGUUUGAAUCAAGAUUAUUUAGAACGUCAAGCGGAGUUGGCACAAGAUGAGACAGAAGAUUCAUCUUUUGUAGAAAAGAAAAAGAGAAAAACUCGUCGAUCUUCUAAUAGAGCCUCUCAUGGUACGGAUAGCACGGUAGAUGCAGUUCUUGAUGCCUUGUCAGAGAAAAAAGUGUCGAAGAAGGUUAACUAUGCCGCUUUACAAGAACUUUUCCGCUUCAAUAAGGAUAACGUAUCGAACCUAAGUCAUGAAGAACACAAUAAUGGAACUACGGAACAGUAAUGAUACUCAAAGCCAUAUUUGCAUCCCAAGUUUGACUAACAAACCAUCAACUUGACUUGUUUUUAAAGCAUUCAUGUAUCUUCAUAUUGCAAGCCCUAUCUAUAUUGCCUUGUUUGGAUUGAGAAAUGGAAUUUUCCAUUGCUAGAUUUGUUGGACACUUGUUUUCCAUGUAAAUGAAUGGCACGUCAAGAAA